CGAGGGAAGCAGUGGGUCUUACCCCACAGUCCGAAGCCUCACUCUGUAGCUCUAUAUAGCUCCUAGUCUCUUGAUACUUGCUUGCUGCUGACCCUCAGCCAAUAUACAGAGCACCUUACCAGCUGCAUACUCGUCUCACAGGAAAAAAUACCGAAACACAAUGGCGACAAACUCCCCAAACCCCCUUCCCUUCUCCGAACCCCCCUACCUUCGUGGCCUUCCCUCUCCAUACUACACCCAAUCGCACCGCGACUUCCAGAAGAGAUGUCGCGCCUUUAUAUACGAGAACCUGCAUGCUAACGCCCUCGACUAUGAGCGUGCGCAGUUUGUCCCCGAACAUGUGUUUCAGACAUUCGGGGAACACAACAUGAUUCUCCCCAACCUUCCCGCCCCAUUACCUGUGCAAUGGCUGAAGCGGUUGGGUAUCCACGAUAUCUUGGGAGUGAAAGUUGAGGAGUGGGAUUACUUACAUAAUGGGAUUUAUACUGACGAGAUGUCUCGAUCAGGUCUUUCUGGGCCCUCUUCCUCGCUGACUGCCGGCAUGGCAUUUGGCAUUCCGCCGAUUAUCAAAUUUGGUUCUCCAGAGCUUCAAGAGAGGUUCCUGCCUGAGCUAUUGACAUGCAAAAAGCGGAGUUGCAUCGCCAUCACAGAACCUGAUGCCGGUAGUGAUGUCGCGAAUAUCACGACGACGGCAGAGAAGUCUCCAGAUGGGAAGGAGUAUAUCAUCAACGGGACGAAGAAAUGGAUUACAAACGGCAUCUGGGCCGACUACACCACCAUGGCAGUCCGCACCGGCCCUCCCGGCUCCGGCGCCAAAGGCCUCUCUCUCCUCGUCGUGCCACUCAAGAACUACCCGGGCGUAACCAUGCGCCCCAUCAAAGUCUGCGGCUCCGAGACCUCCGGAACCACAUACAUCGAGCUUGACGACGUGCGCGUGCCCGUCUCAAACCUGAUCGGUGCCGAGGGCGCAGGCAUGAAAUACGUAAUGACGAAUUUCAACCACGAACGACUCACCAUUGCCGUGGGCGUUGUCCGACAGGCUCGCGUUGCGCUGUCAACCGCAUUUGAAUACGUGCUUCAGCGUGAGGCGUUCUCGCAGCCGCUCAUCGCGCAGCCUGUUGUCCGACACAGACUCGCGAAGGCCGGCGCGGAGCUCGAAACGCUGUCGGCCUGGGUCGAACAGUUCCUGUUCCAAAUGAAGCAUCUCAGUAAAGCGGAUGCGGACCGUGAGCUGGGCGGGUUGACGGCACUGGCCAAGGCGAAGGCGGCCAUGGUGCUGAAUGAAUGCUCGCAGUGCGCGAUGCUGCUGUUUGGCGGGAAUGGUAUGACGCGGACGGGGCGAGGCGAGUUGAUUGAGCGGAUAUACAGGGAUGUGCCGGGGGCAAGGAUACCAGGAGGAUCAGAGGAUGUGUUGCUAGAUUUGUCAGUGAGGCAGUUGGUUAAGAAUUACCAGGCUGGAUUGAAGCAGUUGCAGAGGGAGGCUAAGAUAUAGAAUGCGAGGUUGACAUUGUAAGG